AUGGGUGGCAGGGGAGAAGCUGAGGGGAAAUGGGGAAUGAGUUUGCAACAGAAGGAAGAGCAGAUAAGAGGUAAAAAUCUUGCCCGGCAGACGGGGCUGACGGGAAAAAGUCGAAGGUUCUUGAAAUCGAAAGUGGAAGCGAACUUCGAGAAGCGAGCCCCACGGAUUUUGCAGGAAGAAGGCUGUGAAGCAUCUUGUGAUCCACAGGAGUCCUUCAUCCAUUUGGCUAGUGACAGCUUUGUUGCAAGUGGAUCUUGGAAGAUGACAAAGGUCCAAAUCAUAAAUAAGAUUAAGAAGUGCCAGGAUAUAUGGAAAGCUUUUGAAGGAGAUUGCUUAUCCUUGAAGGCAAACAUAAUGGCAAGUGAGCAGGACUUGAUCAAAUUCCAAGAAGAGUAUGAGCUUCUCAGUCAAAAUCUUCUCAAAGCUGAAAAUGAAGCCCAGGCCCAGGAAGCCACAUUCCAGGAAAUGCUUCAGUUGGAAAAGAAGGAUUCAAACCAGCUAAUGCAAGAAAAACAGGCAUUGGAAAAUGAAUUGAAUUAUCUGGAGCAGCUCAGUGCAGCCCAGAAGAAAAUUCUUAAGGCGCCAGCUGCUCUUCCUGACAGAGAAAUGGUGUUUAAAGGUCAUGUGGAAGAGGGAGAGAUGGAGAAUUUGCCGGAAAUGCUGACUUUCUUGCCCCAGAUCCGAUACCCUGUAUUUGGGGGAUCAGCUCUCAUCACUUUUGAGGAUCCUGAAGUUGCCAGGAGGAUCAUCCAAAUAAGACAGCAUUGUAUUCAGCUAGAUGAAUGGAGCUACAUGCAUGUGAAGGCUGAAGCUAUGACAUUGUUGCUGCCCUCAUUCUUAAAGAUGUCCCUGAAGCAGAGUUCCCAGCAAGUGCUGUUAUCUGGGUUGUCUGCUUUCUCUUUACCCAAGGAACAGCUCUAUGACAAGCUAGUCCUAUUUUUCAGCAAACGGAAGAAUGACGGGGGUGAGGUGGAUCGUCUGGAACAGCUCCCAAACUCGGAUGAUGUAGUGCUGACUUUUGUAGAUGAUGGAGUAGCUCAACGGAUUGUUGAAAAGGGACUGUUCCAGAUACUGCUUGGAAAGGAGAUGCAUCAGGUCAAGGCUUCACAUUGCUUACAUGGGGAAAUUGCAGAUUUACAGCUCCAUCCUUCCGUCUGCGCUCGUACCGUCCUGCUGACAGAAAUUCCAGAUGUCUUAGGGAGGGAACUGAUGUGUGAAGCCCUGGAGAUCCAUUUCCAGAAACAAAGCAAGGGUGGAGGAGAGGUGGAAUCUGCUGUGUACAUUCCAGCUGGACAUUAUGCAAUAGCUAUUUUUGAGGAGGAGGACUGAUUCUGAAUGCCAAAGCUAGAACAAAUGACAUUUCAUUUGUGAUACAACUGAAAAGAAGCACAAGAAACAUACUAAUAUUUCAGGGAAAAGGGGAUGAAGCUUUUUGAUUGCUUGAAUUGGGGGUUAAUG